AAAAAGAGGACUCAAAACACAUUGCAGAUAAAGUUUCAGAAAUCAGAAGAAAGAAACAGGGAAGAUAUCAUGGAGAUGUGCCUGGAUGAUAAGUGGAAGCUGUCCAAGAAGGGGAGCCGGAGGUUGGCGGCGGUGAUGCCGGCGGCACCCACCACCAGCAGUGCCGUGAGCCCCAAGGGCCGGAUGUCAAGGGGCUCGGGCAGGUCGGUGCCGGGGCGGCUGGCGAGCCUGGCCAAGGAGCAGAGGGCCAGGUUCUACAUCAUGCGCCGGUGUGUCACCAUGCUCGUGUGCUGGCGCGACUAGCCAACCCAGCCCCGGGUCAGAGACAGAGGUAGAAGAAACUAAGAGAUGUGCCUGAAUUUCCAUGGUCAUCCUUAGUUUGGUAGAUAGAUAUCGUAGACGAUACCAUGUGUCACAACAGAGCAGCUGCCACUGAUGUAUUAUCAUCCUUGGUUUGGUAAUUACUGUCACAGCCACUGUGUGGCACUGAUCCAUACAUGGAUAUAUGAAAAUGUUGCAAUUAGCUUUCGCUU